CAAUAAGUUUUCAGCAAUGGCGGAACAGCACCACGGCAGAAUACACCUGGUGCCGCUUGGCGGGCGUGACCUGCUGCCAUGGGCGCAGCUGCGCAUCCGCGCCAUGGGGCUGGAGAAUGAGGAGUCGUGGUCCAUGACUUGCAAGGCGUACUCCACCAAACAGGAACAGUGCAAGCGCUUCUGCGCCGUCACGCUCUCAGAUGAAGCCGACAACAUGUACGUGGCAUCGCUGGGUGGAGAGGUGGCUCUUCUUGGCAAGGGUUUCGACAACAUUGUCAGUGCCAUGACAGACGCGUACACAAACUUCAGAACCCUGAACAUCGAGGGGUAUCGAGCCGAGUCUGCCACAGCCCGGGCGUGGUUUGGUCUCAUGUCCUUGCAGGCAAACCACAAGUUCCUGUAUGUGGAGGUCGACUACAACGGAGAGCACGCGGAGAUGAAUGACUUUUGCCACACCUUGCUCGGCAUCCAAGUGGAGCGGCUGCGUGACUACAGCUACACAUCAAACCCGCACGGCGAUCUAUUGAGUGCGCAGUCGUGGCGCCGACGCAUGAACACACUCGUCGCCCUCUUCCGCAGCGAAACCCUUUUCUGAAUGCCGCUGCUCGGUGUGUGUGUGUGUGUAUGUAUGUGUGUGUGUGUGUGUGUGUGUGUG